UGUGGGCCCACUAAGGCGGCGCACUGUCAAGAUGGCGGCUGGGCUGCGGAAGCGCGGCCGGGCGGGGUCCGCGGCCCAGCCGGUGGGAUUCUGCAGACAAUGGCUACAGCGCGCCUGGCAAGAGCGGCGCCUACUGCUGCGGGAGCCGCGCUACACGCUGCUGGUGGCCUCCUGCCUCUGCCUGGCGGAGGUGGGCAUCACCUUCUGGGUCAUUCACAGGGUUGCAUACACAGAGAUCGACUGGAAGGCCUACAUGGCCCAGGUAGAAGGCGUCAUUAAUGGCACGUAUGACUAUACACAGCUGCAGGGUGACACUGGACCGCUUGUCUACCCCGCUGGCUUUGUGUACGUCUUCAUGGGGCUGUACUAUGCCACUGGCCAGGGCACCGACAUUCGCAUGGCCCAGAACAUCUUCGCUGUGCUCUACCUGGCCACGCUGCUGCUUGUUUUCUUGAUCUACCACCAGACCUGCAAGGUGCCGCCCUUUGUCUUUUUCUUCAUGUGCUGCGCCUCUUACCGUGUUCACUCCAUCUUUGUGCUGCGGCUCUUCAACGAUCCUGUGGCCAUGGCGCUGCUCUUCCUCAGUAUCAACCUCUUCCUGGCUCGGCGCUGGGGCUGGGGCUGCUGCUUUUUCAGCCUGGCGGUCUCUGUGAAGAUGAAUGUGCUUCUCUUUGCCCCGGGGUUACUGUUCCUUCUCCUCAUGCAGUUCGGCUUCCAUGGUGCCCUCCCCAAGCUGGGCAUCUGUGCUGUCCUUCAGGUAGUGCUGGGUCUGCCCUUCCUGCUGGAGAAUCCCAUUGGCUACCUGUCGCGCUCCUUCGACCUUGGCCGCCAGUUUCUCUUCCGGUGGACAGUGAACUGGCGCUUCCUCCCGGAGGCACUCUUCCUGCAUCGUGCCUUCCACCUGGCACUGCUGGCUGCCCACCUCACCCUGCUCUUGCUGUUUGCUCUCUUCAGGUGGCACAGGACGGGAGAAAGUAUCCUGUCACUGCUGAAGGAGCCCUCCAAAAGGAAGGUCCCACCCCAGCCCCUCACAUCCAAUCAGAUCGUGUCCACCCUCUUCACCUCCAACUUCAUCGGCAUCUGCUUCAGCCGCUCCCUCCACUACCAGUUCUACGUCUGGUACUUCCACACGCUGCCCUACCUCCUGUGGGCCACGCCUGCGGGCUGGCUCACACACCUGCUCAGAUUGCUGGUGCUGGGGCUCAUCGAGCUCUCCUGGAACACGUACCCCUCCACGUGCUGCAGCUCUGCUGCCCUGCACGCGUGCCACGCCGUCAUCCUGCUACAGCUCUGGCUGGGCCCGCAGCCUUUCCCCAGGAGCGGCCGGCAGGGCAGGAAGGCCCACUGAGACCCACACCUCCACUCCAGCCCUGGCAGGGCCGGGGAUGGGCUCUGUCCUGCUCAAUAAACCUUGCCACACGGCC